UUUGAUAAAAAGUCGACUCUUGAGUUCUUUUUUUUUUUAAUUGUAAUAUUAAUGAGAAGAGUGAUGUGUAAUUUUCCAAAUUUACUGUUAAUAAUUCCAUUGCUGAGCUCAUUAGUUUUGAGCGAAAAAUUAUCUUUACAAAAUGUACCUAAAGACAUCACAGUAUUUUUGAAAAACGAACGAAUUUUUGAUCAGUAUAUGAAUUGCAUUUUUGAACGCGGUCCUUGUACACGAGAAGGUCACCGACUUCGAGAAAUACUACCGGAUUUUUUUGAAACAAAAUGUUCAGACUGCAGUGAACGCGAGCAAGAAUUGGCUAAUCAAGCAUUGACGUACAUCAGAGACAAUAAACCAGAUGUUUGGAACAAAUUAAUGGACAAAUAUAAUCCGCCAAAACGACCACGGUCAUUUUUUCAAGCAUUAUUUGGAUUUUAAUAACGAACUUGUCAAAAUUUUAAAAAUGCGGACUAUGAAAUGAGAGCGAAAUCGGGGAACUUUAUAAAAAUUUAAAGUUACUUUUAAUUGGUCGGUUUGUUAGAAGAAGAUGCCACCUACCGGCCAAAAAGAAGAUCUAGAUUUUUCAAAUAAAUUUUAUUAUCAAUUAAAAACUGUUUUGAAAAUCAUGCAUUAAUAGUUAAUACGAAAAAUUGUUAACUUUUUAUUUUAUUAAUAAUAUAUAUAUUUAUAUAUAUAACAGAACAGUUUACAAACUUAUGGACUAGGCUUGAGCA